AUGAACGCUGACACAAGCCCGGGAAGCCAAGGCCUGGACUUCCAGGCAUCUACCUCUCAUGAGUACGCGUCGUCCGAUUCAGAUUCAAGACGGCAGGCCGAAGGCAGCGGUAGGAAGAAGCGCGCAAGCAGAGCUGGGACUCGCAGCGUAACCACGCUCUCAGCUGCUCAACUAGAGCGAAAGCGCGCCAAUGAUCGCGAAGCUCAACGUGCUAUCCGUCAACGCACGAAAGAUCACAUUGAGACUCUUGAAAAAAGUAUCAGUGACCUUCGAGGCACACAAGAGUCAAACGAGCGAUUGGUCACAGCGACCCACCAGCGCAACCGUGAGCUCGAGGAGGAGAAUGCGUAUCUGCGCAGUCGCCUUGCGGAGGCCGGUUAUGCCUCCGCCUUGCCACAUGAGGGGGCCAGGCAGCCUGCGCCGCCCUUGGCAACUAAUACGGCGACCCAGUCAACCUCACCGUUAAUGCAUAAUCCUGCUAUGAGUUCGGCGAUGCACAGAGCCAGCUCACUCUCCACGCCUAGCAGUCUGUCUGUCUCGACAGGGCAGUCAAGCAGCUCCCGACAUGGAUCGUUCCAACAAUCGAGUGCUUACUCUGCUGGUGCACCAGGCUCAAAUCACCCCGCGGUAGGUGCGAGUCCCAUGGCAGCAGGUCUGUCCGCAUGGCGCUCGCACGACGGGACGGUGUCUGUACACGGUGCGGCAUCGCAAUUCCCACAAUUGCCCGAGCCUAUGCAACAGUCUCCGGCAUCAAUGUACAGUCAAAGCACACCUACAGCGCCUAGUUACCAGUACGGACCUAGUCAGGGACAGUCAAGGCAACAGCCGUAUGAGCCCAUUCCGCCGCCGUUGAAUAAUCCAACCACCGCUACCCACUCGUACCCUCCGCCUCCAGCAUCAGCUUACGGACCUCCCCAGCCUGCAGCGCCGUCAACACAUUAUCACAGUCUCCAGACUCAAGGUUCGGUCUCUCUUCCAUCCAGAUACCCCAGCGUUACCGCAGCAACUGGGGCUGGAUACCCAGCUGCACAGCCGCAACUAUACCCAGAAUCGCCUCAAGCACCCGGGCAGACAUACCAGCAGCCGCAAAAUUACGCUCAGUCUCACCAACCAUCAACAGCUUUUCAACCGCCGGCAUCGUAUCAAGGCACCUCUACACAAGGUCAGCACGCUCUACCGAGCUAUUCCGCGCCAUACCCAGCAAUGCAACCUCCGCCGCUGCCGGCCACGGGUUCCCAAGCAAACAUCUCUGGGCAACAAUACGUCCCUCAGCAGCAGCAGCCACCGCAACCACAGACACCGUUACCGUACCGAGAAAAUGCGUCGGAAGGCCCGUACUCGCUGAGCCACUACCCCUCUGGCUGA